CGUAGAGCUGGAAGGUUCGUGCUGUUUAUACUCAGUUGUCCAACAAAGUGGUAAAUACGUUACUCGUUAACCGGCCUGCCUGAAUAUGCUUCCUAGGAAAACUUCAACACGUGCUUUAAGCGGCUUUUGCAUACUGUCCCUCAGGAAUCUGUUGGUACUCUCCUCUUUGUGUCAUUUUAUAUCUGGAUACUCUGAGAGAGAAAGAGUACACGACUUGAUGUCCAGAUAUCCUCUUAUUGAUGGUCAUAAUGACCUACCUCUCAAGCUGAGGAUACUUCACAACAAUCGCUUGAGUCAAUUUGACCUUCAUAACGUCAGCAAAGUGGCCACUGACAUCACCCGCCUCCAAGCAGGCCAUGUACAGGCACAGAUGUUUGCAGUCUAUGUGUUGUGUGGGGCCCAGGAGAAGGAUGCUGUGAGGCUGACCCUGGAACAAAUAGAUGUGGUCAGACGCAUGUGCACCGAGUACCAGGACUUUGAGCUGGUCACAUCUGCCCAAGAACUGAAGAAUACUGAGAUGAGGCACAAGAUAGCAUGCUUAAUAAGUAUUGAGGGGGGGCACUCCAUUGACAGCAGCCUGCCAGCCCUGCGGAUGUAUUACCAACUUGGAGUCCGCUCCAUGGCCCUCACACAUACCUGCAAUACACCCUGGGCUGAAUCGUCCUCAAAACUUUACAGUGUCUAUCAAAGACAGAAUAACAGCCUGACACAUUUUGGGAAGGCUGUGGUGGAGGAGAUGAACAGACUGGGAAUAAUAGUGGACCUUUCCCACACUUCUUGGGACACUGCCUUGGCUGUGCUGAACCAUUCCAGGGCUCCUGUUAUUUUUAGCCAUUCAUCUUCCUACUCCAUCUGUAACCAUGGUCGCAACGUACCUGAUUGGCUGCUGCAUGAGCUGAAAAUGAACCAAGGGUUGAUCAUGGUGAAUCUCCACAGCAACUUUAUUUCCUGCAGGGACAAGGCUAACAUCUCUCAUGUGGCUGACCAUUUUGAUCACAUAAAGAAGGUGAUUGGAGCUGAGUCAAUAGGAAUUGGAGGGGACUUUGAAGGCGCUGUGAGCUUUCCUCAGGGGCUAGAUGAUGUGUCAAAGUACCCUGCCCUGAUCCAGGAACUCCUGCAGAGGAACUGGACUGAGACUGAGUUGGCUGAUGUCCUUCGAAGGAACUUCCUGCGAGUGUUCGAGGAGGUUGAGCGGGUACGUAAUCAGCUAAGUUCGAACCCACCCAGUGAGGUCCAGAUCUCCGAACAGGAGGUCCAGAACCCCUGCAGGCUGGUCCUUAGACCUCCUCAACCGAGAGGGCCGUCCCCGUCCUCCAGAGCCCAACACAGACCACCAUGUUUGCUAAUCCUGGCCACAGUUCUGCUGCUUUCCAGCCUAUUUAUGAUUGAAUGAAUAUUUAGAAAUUCAGCUCAGAUGAACCUUCUUUUUUAAAGUGCCUCAUUUUUAAUAUAGAUAAGGAGCUUAAUGAGUUUGCUGUAGCCAUUUGUAGGUCAUCACAGCACUCCACAGGUCAGAAAAGAUAAGGGGAGGUGGAUCACUUUCUUAACAGCAAUACAAAAAAAGCAUUUAACAUGUAGCCCCAUUUGGGAAGUAAUUUGAAUGACCAUUCCUCCGAAAGGCACUUUAACAUUUAUGUUUGAAUGUAUUUAUUUGAUAUUUAAUCUAUUUCUGAAUUUCUUGUACAUGUACCAACAUCGUCUCUAUGACAUGCAGGAGAAUAAUGAUCCUGACAAUA